AAAACCAAGAAUCACUUCCACUGGAUAACUCUAUACGUUGUGGCGGAAGUGCACGAGGCCAUGCAGUGCGUAGUCGUCGAAUGCAUCCACGUGUUGGGUAUGACUCUCUUCGUUUCGAAUUACGGAAAAUCGAUGCCUCUGUUGGAAUUUGAGUUGCAUCAGAACCUGGAGACGGGCACGGUGAUAAAGUACCUGAAGGAAUCGUGGUUGGAACGGAUCACGCAGUCGGUUCGCAUGUGUCUGCGAGAUCUCGGGAAAGGAUGGUUCAACCUCGAGCAGAGAAAUCACAAGAUAUACGACGUGAUGAAGCUGAAGAAACUUAUGGAUGUUAUUGUGCUUCGAAUGCAAACGGCGUUGCGAGAUCUCGUGUACAAGUCGAUUGCCCUAUACGUAGAAAUGCUGACGGCUCCGGCGGCACGCACCUUGAAUGUGAACGAGGAUUUUGUCUGGGGUACUGAUCUCAUAAAUACACAAUUUAAGUCUCCGGCAAAUCCUAUCUUCAACGUCGACAUCUUGAUGAAUAACGAAACCGUCUAUUACUCAACCGACCCGAAAUCGUUCGAAAAAAUGAACCGACGAAUUAGCAGUGCACUUUACAUCGAUUUCCAGGAAAUCAUCGUAACUUUGUUGGACAAUACUCUGAGCGAGUGCCAUCGCGUGAAACAGGUACAUCCUUUCCUGCUGCCAUUCCUGAAGUUUCCCAAAGAUCUGUUUCUCAGUUCGGUCGGCUUGCUCGAGGAGAAGGUUUGCGAGGCGCGAGAUCGCUUAAGGAUCGCGUAUAAAAAGUCUGUAAUACCUUUAAAAGCGUACGCGAACGAGUAUCGUCAGUAUCUGGAGUUUUUUACAUUGAACGUCGAACAAUACAUGAAGUGUAAAAAAAAGCAUCGUUCACUCAUGUUUUUUCUCGGCUUCGUCACUUUUCGCAGGGACUUUAAGGAAAGCGAUCACACCGCCGUGGAAGUUAAAGACGAAGUGUCCUUCCAUCUGAAGAUGAAAUCGGCGCUCGAGAACGCGCUACCGAACGAGAUUGUCAUUGGGCCUUUUCGUGUGAAUGUUCAACCGCUGAGAUGUCUCCUCGUGCGAAAACGACAAGAUUGUAGCACACAGCUGCUGACCAUGUUCGCCGAGAGCUUGAGGGCGCGAAUCGACGUUGUCCUGGCUGAUUAUUCGCGAAUCAAUAUCAGGCUGAGGUCACCGUGGCGCAAUAUCGAACACUUAUUCGAGGAACAGGACUGGAUGGCGACAGUACCGCUGGCGAUGAGACCCCUGGAUGAAACUGUGCAGAAAUUGACGCGCGAAUAUGACGUUCUCGACUACUUCUGCUGGAACCUGCCCGAUCAGGAUUUCGAGGCUAAGUGGCAAGCCAUAGGUUCCUCUCGCCAAGUGCGAUUACUCAUGGAAAAGGCUGCAGAACGUUUCGCUAGCGAGUACGACAAGUUCUACAAGUUGCAAGUUCAAGACGAAAUCAUGCUGGCGGAAAAGGUAAACAUACUCGUGGGAAACGUCGCGAACGUAACACUGCAGACGGAUAUGGACAGGGUACACGAAACUGCGAUCGAGGUGAAGAGAAUCGGAAAGAUGAUGAAGGAAUGUCAGGAAUUGAGCUCACUGCUGAACAAGCGACAGGAAUUAUUUGGCAAGGAAAUAGUGGUGUUGGAUCAACUGGACGAAUUGAUGAAGAAGUUCGAGCCAUAUCUAACAUUAUGGGUCGUUGCAUCCGAUUGGUUAAAAUGGCAAGAGAUAUGGAUGGAAAAUCCUUUGUUGAACAUCGACACGCGUCAGAUCGAAUCUACAGUUGCUGCCCUGCAGGAAAGCAUGUCUCGUUGCGCGGAAAUUCUGCAAGACAAUCCAAAAGUGGCAGCCGUUGCGCAUAUCGUGAUGGAUCAGAUUGAAACGUUUAAGCCUUACAUCGGCGUGAUACUGGCUCUGCGCGAACCCACGAUGAAGACUCAUCAUUUCGAGGAACUUCUCAAGAAAACAGGAAUACAAAUGGCGCUCACUACGACAUUAACUUUCAAGAAUUUACUCACUCUCGGUAUAAUGGAAUUUGAAGACAUCGUGAAGACCGUCGCGAAUGUUACGCGAAGGGAUAUUCCAUAGAAGGAAAAAUUUAAGAUAAAAUUAGUGGGAAAUAAAAUUUUCCCUGUAACAAUCCCUGUAAUAAAUGGAUCAACGAUAAGAUUCUUCAUAAAUUUUUUUGGAAACGAUGAAAAUCUUUUAUGCAUGUUAUAAUGUGUAUACACGUAUACAAAAACAGAGAGGAUUUUCUUCUCUUAAAUGAAAAGUUCAUGAAAUGCGCAUCGGCUCGAAAGCUUUCGAUCUUGUCUUCAUCGGUGAAUGAAAUCGGAUUUAUGUCGCGGCGUUUGUUAAUGCGAGCAUGAGUGGUCUCGCACGUGUGACGAAAAUUGCACGAUAAAUAUUGGUCAUUCACUAAAUUAAAAAAAUCUUUCGGCUUGUCUCACUCCUUAUCUCGGGAGUGCGACAUAACGAGACAACAAGAUGUUUCUCAGAGUUUUUGGUUAUGACUGAAAAUCUGAUGAUAAAAUGAACCAACUAAAUAAAGUGUGCAAAUUUCUUUUUUCCUGCGUCUAUUAUUUCUCUGUUUCAAAAAUAUAAAUUAUUGAAGUAAAGUUGAAUCCGUGCAUUAUCGAUUAAUCUUCGAUUAAGGGGAAACAUAUUUACACGUGUUUACAUGGAAAAAAUGAAGAUAUCAAGUAAAUACGCAAUAACACAUGACCAAUAGCGAUUGUUCUGUCGACAGA